AUGUCGACGAAGAAUGAAGACAUCUUCGAAGACGUUGCAGCUAGAGUAGCGCGAGCAUACUUAACCAUCGGGAAGUGCUUGAUCCAGUCCUUACCUUGGUAUACAGUGAAUAACAGUGGGAAUUUUAAGUGGUCCAUUCUGACGCUCAGUCUGACUAUCGGCUUGGGCGCGACGAGCGGAUAUCUUUGCGAGAAUAUUCCAUGGUGCGCCAUCAAAACAGUCCAGAAUUUUGAUGUGAAUUUUGAAUCGCGAUCUGAAAGUAGCUGGAAUUUUGUAAUGUCAAUGAUGUCCAUGAGAAACAAAGUGGCGAUAUCUUUGGCAGUUGCAGUUGUAUGCAUCGGUAUGUAA